CGGAGACCCGGGGGGCGCGUGCCGCGGCGUGAGGAGAGGCGCGGGGCGGUGCGACGGGGCCCCUCCCACUUGCAGCCUGGCGCGCGCCGGCCGGGCCGCACCGCUGCGGGCUCCGCGCGCGCGGGCCAUGUCCGCCUUCUGCCUGGGCUUGGCUGGCCGCGCUUCAGCACCCGCCGAGCCGGACAGCGCCUGCUGCAUGGAGCUGCCCGCCGCGGCCGCGGACGUAGUCGGGAAUCCAGCCGCAGCCGCCGACGCCGCCCUUGUCUCCUUCCCCGGGGGCCCCGGGGAGCUGGAACUGGCGUUAGAGGAGGAGCUGGCGCUGCUGGCGGCCGGGGAACGGCCGUCCGACCCCGGAGAGCAUCCUCAGGCCGAGCCCGGGCCUCCAGCCGAGGGGCCCGAACUGCAGCCGCCGCCCGCCCAGGAUCCCGAGCUGCUGUCGGUGAUCCGGCAGAAGGAGAAGGAUCUGGUCUUGGCGGCCCGACUGGGCAAGGCACUGCUCGAGAGGAACCAGGACAUGAGCCGGCAGUACGAGCAGAUGCACAAGGAGCUGACAGAUAAGCUGGAGCACUUAGAGCAAGAGAAACACGAACUAAGAAGACGAUUUGAGAACCGAGAAGGGGAGUGGGAAGGGCGUGUGUCCGAGCUGGAGAGUGAUGUGAAACAGCUUCAGGAUGAGUUGGAGAGGCAGCAGGUUCAUCUACGGGAAGCAGAUCGAGAAAAAACACGGGCUGUCCAGGAAUUAUCAGAACAGAACCAAAGGUUAUUGGAUCAACUCAGCAGGGCAUCAGAAGUUGAGAGACAGCUAUCCAUGCAAGUCCAUGCCCUCAGAGAAGACUUUCGGGAGAAAAACUCAUCAACCAACCAGCACAUCAUCCGACUUGAAAGCCUUCAGGCCGAGGUGAGCCUUCCCGUGCAGCAGUGCUUGGAUGGAAAUGCUUUUCUCAUUGGAAGUGCCGUGCCAGGUCUUUUAGACAAGGAGCCCUCUGAACAAAAACCUGCUCUAUCUAAAAUCUCUAGGGAGACAUAUCUGUGA